GUUUUAUAAGGUCAUUUAUAAUGUCAUUGCCCUCUGACUGACCCCUCUGCCAGUCUACUGACCACUGAACCAGGGAGCUUUUUCAGACUCACACAGAGAUUUGGAUCUUUCAUUUCUUUCUGUUAGUUAUUCUCAAACGCACAGAAAAAAAAAAUCCUGGUGAAGCACCUACGAGGUCUACAUGACAUACUAUUAAAAGAUGGCAAUUAUUAAAGAAGAGAGUGAAGACAUGAAGAUUGAAGAAGCAUUGAGAGUGAAGCAUGAAGAUACUGAGGAACAAACAGGUGCAGGAGGAUGCGAAGGAGAGCUUGGUUCGGUGUUGCUGUCUGCGUGCGCAGCGAACACUCAACCUGAUGACACUGAAAGAGGAGAGUGAAAAACUAAAUGAAAUGGAAGAAAAAGACCAGAAGCAUGAUUUCAUAAUUGGAGAAAAAUCCACAAAGACUAAGAAGUCUUCCUCACGAAAGAGAAGUCAGAAGACAGAAUCUAGCGGUUAUUUCACCUGCCGCCAGUGUGGAAAGAGGUUGACUAAUAAACAAAACCUUGACGUCCACAUGAGAAUUCACAAUGGAGAGAAGCCUUUUACCUGCCAACAGUGUGGAAAGAGUUUCACUCAAAAACAAAACCUUAAAGUCCACUUAAGAGUUCACACUGGAGAGAAGCCUUACAAAUGCACUCAGUGUGGACAGGGUUUUACACAUAAAGGAAACCUUAAUGCCCACAUGAGAAUUCACAAUGGAAAGAACCCUUACAACUGCAAACUGUGUGGGAAGAGCUUCUCACGAAAAGAAAGUCUUAAUGCCCACAUGAGAAGUCACACUGGAGAGAAGCCAUUCAUAUGUGGUCAGUGUGGAAAGGGUUUGAAAUGUAAAGAAACCCUUAAUAGCCACAUGAGGAUUCACUCAGGAGAGAACUGUCUUACAUGUCAUCAAUGUGGAAAGAGUUUCAGUCAUAAAAGAAGCCUCAAUACUCACAUUGUAAUUCACACAGGAGAGAAGCCUUUCACCUGCCCUCAGUGUGGAAAGAGUUUCUCACUUAAAGGAAACCUUAAGACUCACAUGAGACUUCACACCGGAGAGAAGCCGUUCACAUGUCUUCAGUGCAAGAUAAGUUUCACAUAUCAAAGAGACCUGAAACGUCAUUUGCAAACUCAUUCUGAAAAUAAAUUGCGAGUGUGACAAGGUUAACGAAAAGAAGCAAUUUGAAAAAUUGUCUGAACAUUCACUCUGGAGGAAGGCAGUUUAAUUGUGAUCAGUGUAACAAAAAAUAAUAAUAAUUUGCCACACUCA